GGCUCUUGAUCGGCCACCUGCCGUUCGGGAUGACGCUGCGCGUCACGGCCGCAUGCCUAGUGUUCAUUGUCUUCAUAGCGUACCUGCUCAAGAGCGUCGUGCUGUGCAAGACGCUCCACUCAUUCUGUGACCCCAAGCACGCCAAAGGUGACAGCGCGCGUUCAGAGGCAGGGUACACCAUCACCAUAGUGCUCGUGAUGGGUGCGGCUUUUUUGGUAUCGCAGGUGGUGCCAUUCUUCACCCCCUUCAUCGACCUUAUCGGUGCUACGCUUGCACCAAUGUGUUGCAUGGUGAUACCACUCAUCAUGUAUGCCCAGUGGCACCGCACAUUUGGCAGCACCAAAGACAUGCAGGUGGGGGACGCGGCCGAGCGACUGCUCCUCAUGCUGGAGAUAGCCCUGUGCGUUCUGAUUAUGACGCUCGGCACCUACGACUCCCUCCUCACAAUCGUUCGAGGAUGGGAGGAGUUCGGAUCCCCCUUCUCUUGCCACUGCGAGCACCUCUGGAACACGUGCCAGUGCUCGUCCUCGAAGGUGGCCCACUGCGAGCGGCACACUUCGGACUUCGACGAGGCCAUGUCGCUGUACUCGGGCUCCAGCGGCCUCGAAGGCAGUCUCGAGCCCAUCGUCCCUCUGCUCUCCUCGCGCUGCCUUUUUACUUCUCCUUCUCCAAACAAUCUCACCCGCUCUCUCUCCCCUCUUGUCCCGACUCUUCCAUCCCCCUUCUCCCUCUCUUCCUUUUUCUCGUGAGUAAUACCCUGCGUCUGCGCCCACCUGCGGGUGCUGGUCCAAUCGCCUGUUCUGGCCAGGAGCGUGCUCACGGAGAGCGGAAGUUGCCACACUCCGCCGUCUGCCCACAGCACUGCCAGAAUAUCCAGAGGUGCUGAAGAUGCCAGGCUUCGGCAUCGUUUAACCAAUCCCCAUCCCCACCCCCAUCCCCU